CUUGUAUCUUGUGAAGAUGAUCAUGAAAGAUGCCGUACGCAAGUAUCAAAGCAGCUGAGCAAGCUGCGCUACGCGGGAUUGUCCCAGACACCGAUACUCAGCUUUGCGAGGGAAUCCAGCAGGAUUUGUUAUCAAGCCCUGCCAACACGCCUCAUCACGUCGCGUCGGCGAAUCUCGACGCCAAUAAUUUCGAGCCUGUCCCUGAAGUUGAGCUCGAGGACGAGCACGAGGAGGACGAAGACGAGGAGGAAUGUGAAGAUGAGCUGCAGUUUGAUGCCAAUCACGCAAAAGAUCACCAGAUUCCCGGCGAGGCAGCUCAAUUGAUUUCGGACUUCAAUUCUCAGCGUGAGGACGCGAAUCGACUUUCGGUGGACGAUGCUGGACCCGAGAGCCAUGAUCAAGUAGCUCAAAUUCAGAUCAGACGAGACAGUAAAGGCAAGCUGAGAGCAUUCACGAUCAGUGGGGAAGAAGUUAAGACUGCCAGCUUCGAAGGGAAGUACCGCGCAGCUGUGGAAGCACAAACGCAGGAGGCAGCAAUGGAGGAUCUGACCCAGAAAAGCUCGAUGUCUUUAACGCAGGAGAAUCCCGAAUCAGCGUAUCAACACUUUGAUCUUCAACAGGCUAUACACGAAGAAUUUCCUUCUACUGCGACCCCAGACGAUGGGAAAACCCACGGCUCGAUACCGAAUCUACCGCAAGACUCCAUUCCUUCAAAGCAGCAUGCCUCCACGAGGACCGAAUCUACUGCAUAUACAUACCAAGAGCAGGAUACCGGGCAUGUGAAGCUUGACUUUGAGCCUGGCGUGGAUGAGGACGAAAUGGAUAAUGCUAUGGAAGAUGGUAUGGACGAUGACAUGGACUCUCAGUCUCAAGAUGCAUAUUUUGCUGCUCCGCAACUUGGAAUGCACUUUGCGGCGCCAUCUUACGAUCCACAAACACCGGUUGCUCCCGUCAAUCCGUUCUCCGAAAAAGGAUCUCUCCUGAAGGGUUUCGAGAUGUUCAGUGCCACCCAACCCUCAUCAGUGGCUCGACACGCAAGUCCAACCUCAUCCCGACCCUCGCCGGAUGUAUAUCAUGAUUUCACAUCACCACCCAAGCGACAGCGAACCAACUCUUCCCCUCUUACACGACUUUACGAACAGGAUGUGGAAACGUCACCAUUACAGUCGUCAGUUCGUGGUCUCUUGAUGAAUACUUUAUCCUCAGACUUCCCUGAAUCUACUGUACCGAGAACUUCUGGGGUGCAAUCCUUUGACAUGGUUCGGAGCAAUUCACUGCCUGAACCUCGACCUUAUGUUUCAAUGAAAGAGUCUCAAGAAAAGAGAAAACGAGAGGAUCUGGGUUCGAACUCGGAUUCUGAUGGUUCUGAUUCUGACGGUACUUUCACGCGAAAACGGAAACGUGAAAGAGAGUCGCGGAUACAGAGAGAGCUCUCCACAGUUGCAAUUCCUCCAAGGCGUGCUCCUGCCACGGUCAGACCACAGUCAUCUGCAUCUCCUGCUAUCGAGGUGCCUUCCACUGGCAGGCGUCGUAGUAUCCAGGAAAAGUACCUUGCACAAUGCGAGGGGCAGGAUGCUCAGGACACCGAACAAGAUACUCAACCGGAUGACUACAUCGCUGAUUCACAGGGUGGACCAGACCAGAAUGCAUCCGCUCAGGUCCAUGAUAAUGCCAAAGGACACAAUGUCGACUUAGACAUGGGACAAAGCUUAGCAGUAUCGGAUACGCCGUCAAGAUCGCCUCGCCGGGUUGGUGACGCCCCCGGUCACCCUCAAUCUCAAAACCCAGCGUCGCUACCAGAAAAUGGGUUGCAUGUUGAUCAACAAUCACAGCCACAAAAUCCAGAGUUGGCCAAUGAUGCUGAACGGUCCUCACCUGGGCCCAGCCUGCCGUUAAAAGAAUCUACUGGGAAUCGCAGCAAUACACGGACGCCCAUUGCACAAAAAUCUAACUUGCUUUCGGAUGGAAUGAUUCCCGAGACCAGCCCACCUGAGGAACGGAUUCGGCCUAUGGGCGAAAUAGCAAGUAUUUCAUUCCGAGAAAUCCAGAUUGACAUGAGCGAUCUUCCAGGGUUCAGUCAAGAUCCGGAAUUUGAAAAUGUCCUGCGUCUGGGAUCGCCACAAAGUCCUAUUCCGAGACCACGAAGCUUCCGUCAAGGCAUGCCCUCACAAGAGCCACUGAAUGUGACAGUUGCUCCUGCACAGGUACCUGGCCAACUUCCAGAAGUCCCUACUAGUUCUGCUAAUGUCCCAUCAACUCUUCUUAAUCAGGGUCAACCUGAAGUUACAAAAUCGAGUUCACCUCUAACGCCUGUAGUCAGUAAUGAAGGCAUGGUGGAGGAGGAAGAUGCACCAUCGCAGAAUGAUAACCCAGUUCCCGAGAAUCCGAUCCCCGAAUUGCCUCAAGAAAAUAUUAGCGAGAAGGGAGACAUGAACAAUGAGAACCAGAACGAACAAAGUCAAGAUCAAGGGGACAUUGAGGAGGAUCCACCAGGCAAACAUGACGCUGCUCACGAAUUGACAGCCGAUGCCACAGAAUCGAAAUCCUCGACUAUAGAUGACGGCAACCAAGGUGAUGCCGACAUUGUCCAAGCAGCGGCCGAACCAUCAUCACCGAAGCAAACAGGCCCAAGAAGGAAGGCCGACUUGAAAGCUCCUGCCAGAUCGCUGAGAAGCUCUGAGGCGAAGGCGACAACUUCGAAAGCAUCGGCUCGUGUUACGAAGACCAAAAGUGCAAAAGAACUUGAUAGAUCAAGUGCGUCUUCAACUCCAACUCUCACUCCUGCAGAACGGUCUAGCACGCGCAGUCAAGCUGCUCGUGCAAAGGCAUCAAAACAAUCAACCCCAGCAGCAACCGGCAAGCGUACCUUGAGGCGCCAACCAGGUGUUACACUUGUCGAAGACGAUGAUACGCCUAUGAUGUCUACUCGAAAUGCCAAGCGACACGUCACAGCUAAGCUCCCCAGAGAAGAUAGUGAAGACCCUCUAACAUCGACUCCUGCGUCUACCCACAAGAAUGGACGGUCAAAGAAGUCUGGAACCACAUUGUUCGAUAAAAUGGCAUUUGCCGUUUCGUACGUUAAGAAUAGCGAGGAAAAGGAUACCGUGACUAAAUAUAUUGUGGACAACGGUGCUCGUCUCCUUCAGGAUGGAUUCGAUGCACUAUUUGAUGUAAUUCCUAAGACCGCCAGUGAGGACGCCCAGCUCUGCCUUUCUGGACCCGCGGAGUCACUAGGCUUUACAGCGUGCAUCGCCGACGAGCACUCACGGAAGGCUAAGUUUAUACAAGCCUUAGCGCUUGGCCUGCCUUGCAUAUCUGGUCGUUGGGUGAUGGCCUGUGUGGCUAAGAUGGCUAUUGUCGACUGGGCGCCGUAUCUACUAUGUGCUGGCCAGUCCUCAUUUCUUGGCAAUGCCGUCCGAAGUCGAAUCCUUCGCCCCUACUCCGCUUCUGACGCGGAGCUGGCAGAUGUGUUUGCAGCACGUGACAAAUUUCUCGAGGGGAAAUCGGUUCUGUUCGUUACUGGGAAAGGCAAGACGGAAGACAAGAGAAAAGCUUACGUCUUUCUCACCCGAGCACUUGGUCCAGCUCAAGUCGCUCAAGUGGUGGACUAUCAAGAGGCGAGAAAGCACCUAACGGAGAGCGAGGCCCAAAAUCAGUUCUACGAUCUUCUCUUCGUUGAAAAAGACGAGAGCGUAGCAGAUUCUGUCGUCUUUGGCGCUGCCGCGAUGAUGAGCAAGGCGGGAAAGCGCAAGCGCUCCGUCGAACCUGUGGAGCUAGGUAUGCCUCCACCAAAGAAGAUUAGGGUCAUCGGAGACGAGACUGUGGUGCAAAGUCUAAUCUUGGGACAACUACUUGAAGAAUGAAGAAGAUAUUGUACGAUCAAGAGUGGUAGAUAUGGGUGUCAGGGGCCAAAAAUGGGAACAUGGAUUAGGUUUUGCAAUUUGCAUGCCUAGGAGGAAUAUUUGCUAAUGCUAAUAGCUGGCGUUACGAUAGGCUACUGUCUGAUCAACGGAGCUGGAAGGAAGAAAGGCUUUCCGAUUUAUGAUACCAUUACAAGUUAACAGCGACGUGCUGUAAACCAAAUCUAGCAAUAAUAGCGUUUCCGGCC